AUGUCGCGCUUUUUCUACGGCGACAGCGACUCCGACAGCGCCUCGUCGGACGAGGAGGUCCUCAGCGAUGAGGAGGUCGAGCAGUCCGAGGAGGAAGAGUCCAGCGAGGAGGAGGUCGAGUCUUCCGAGGGGGAGUCCUCCGAUGAUGAAGCCGGUGGUGCUAAGCGGUUCAUCAAGAACAUGUCCGAGAGCGAGGAGAGUGAAGAUGAAGAAGUGGUCAAGGUGGUGAAAAGUGCAAAGGAUAAGCGCUUGGGCGAACUGGAGGGCACGAUCAAGUUGAUUGAGAAUGCGCAAAAGAUCAACGACUGGGCGGUGAUUUCAACAGAAUUCGAUAAGCUCAACCGCCAAAUCGUCAAAGUUCUCCAGUCCGGCCCUGUCCCCAGAAUCUAUGUCAAGACUGUUGCAGAUCUUGAAGACUUCGUCAAUGAGACCGUCGCCAAGCAAAAGUCGUCGAACAAGAAGAUGAACGCGAGCAACGCCAAGGGUUUCAACGCCAUCAAGCAGAAGAUCAAGAAGAACAACAAGGACUACGCUACACAGGUUGAAAAGUACCGGGCUAACAAGGACGGCUACCUGGACGAGGAGGAAGAGGAAAUCAAGAAGCCCGCCCCUACCGCUCCUCGCCUCACCAAGCUCGAGCGCGUCGAGGCCCCUGCUGCCACCCUCGGAGACGAUGAUGGAUUCGCUACUGUCGGCCGUGGCGGAAAGACCCUCCAAUAUACCCCCGAGAGCAUCCUCAAGCACCUGCGUGUUAUCGUCGAAUCGCGAGGAAAGAAGAACACAGACCGCCUCGAGCAGAUCAAGACAAUGGAGAAGCUCCUGGAGGUCGCCCAGACCCCUUACCAGCGCAUCCGUGUCUACCUCACCCUCAUUUCCACCCGCUUCGAUCUCACCACUACCUCCACCGCUGCCUACAUGGCCGUUGACCAGUGGAAGGCCGCCGAGCAGGAAUUCGCUACUCUGCUUUCCGUUCUCGAGACCAACCGUGACUACGUCGUCAGUGAAGGCGCUGAGGAAUGGGAGGAUGACGAGAAGCAGCCCACAGUUGCUGCUGGCGAGACGCUGUACAUUCCUGGCAGCAUGGUCUCCUACGUUGAGAGAUUGGACGACGAGCUCACGAGGUCUCUGCAACAUAUCGACCCCCACACCGCCGAGUACAUUGACCGCCUGAGUGAUGAGAAGCAGCUGUACACCAACCUUGUGCGAACUCAGAUCUACGUCGAAGGCCUGACGAAACAGGAAAAGACCGAUGCCCGCCAGGACAGCCUGAACCGCGUUGUGAUGCGCAGACUGGAGCACAUCUACUUCAAGCCCUCGCAAGUGGUCACCAUUCUGGAGGACGGCACAGCCAAGGCUCUUCCCUCGGAGCUCGAGUCCUAUAUCACCCCUCGCAGCAACGCCAACGAUGCCGAGACUCUUGUUCAGACACUCUGCAACUACCUGUUCAAGAACAGCGACGGUAUCCCCCGGGCCCGUGCCAUGCUCUCUCAGAUUUACUUCCUCGCCCUUCACGACCAGUACUACCGCUCGCGUGAUCUGAUGCUCAUGUCUCACUUGUCCGAGAACAUUGCCAACUUCGACGUCAGCUCUCAGAUCCUCUUCAACAGGACCCUUGUUCAGAUUGGCCUGUGCGCUUUCCGCGCCGGUCUCAUCUACGAGGCCCAAAACACCCUUUCCGAGAUCUGCGGUAGCGGCCGCCAGAAGGAACUCCUCGCCCAGGGCAUCAUCCUCCAGCGCUACUCUACCGUCUCCCCCGAACAAGAGCGUCUCGAGCGUCAACGCCAACUCCCCUUCCACAUGCACAUCAACCUCGAACUCCUCGAGUGCAUCUACCUCACAUCGAGCAUGUUCCUUGAAGUGCCUCUGAUGGCCCAGACCUCCUCUUCCCCCGAAAUGAAGCGCCGCGUCAUCUCCAAGACCUUCCGCCGCAUGCUCGACUACAACGAGCGCCAGGUCUUCACCGGCCCUGCCGAGAACACCCGUGACGGUGUCAUCAUGAGCGCCAAGUUCCUCGCCGCUGGCGAUUGGAAGAAGGCCGCCGAGAUGCUCAACUCUAUCAAGAUCUGGGACCUCAUGCCACAGCCCGACAAGGUCAAGGAGAUGCUCUCCCAGCAGAUCCAAGAAGAGGGUCUCCGCACAUACCUUUUCACAUACGCCCCCUUCUACGACAGCCUCUCAAUUUCCACGCUGUCCAACAUGUUCGAGCUCCCCGAGAAGAAGAUUGCCGCCAUCAUCAGCCGCAUGAUCAGCCACGAGGAACUCGCCGCCGCCCUCGACCAGGUCAACGACGCCAUCGUCUUCCGCAAGGGUGUCGAGCUCUCCCGCCUGCAGUCCCAGAUCGUCACCCUCGCAGACAAGUCAAUGAACCUGCUCGAGGCCAACGAGAAGACUCUCGAGCAACGCACACAGGGCAUGGCAAAUGCCUUCCAGCGCGACCAGGGGCCUGGCGCCCGUGGUGGCCGUGGUCAAGGACGUGGCGGCCAACCCCGCGGUGGUCCCAGAUUACCCGGUGGUCAGCAGCGCCGACCCGGUGGACAGCAAUUCGGCGGUGGUGCAUUGGGUGGAGCGAUCAAGGCAUAA